AUGGAAUUUUAUAUGUCUAAUGCUUCUCCAAGUCAGCAUCUCGGUGUUUACUCAACAAAGAGGAUGUGGAUGAGCCGUUCAAGAAUCCUCUGCUUUUCUCCCUUCGUCUCUAGGUCUCUCAUCCUUACUGGAUUCAUCGGGCUAUUGGGUUGUACCUUUAUGCUUUGUAGUUGUAAGACGUCUGGUUGCGAUCGAAUUGGGACACCAGGGAAGAGAAAGGCCACAUGUUGUGGUCUUUGGUGGGUUGAAAUGUUAAAAACAAGUGGUCAAUAUAAAGAGGAACCUCUUCAUUAAGCUAUGAUGCAUGCUUGAACAAACAUUUUGUUAUUGUUACUUUUUAGCUAAACCAGUUAUGUUAAGAAAGUAUGCCAUCAGGUUGUGGUGGUUUAGGUCCAAAAGGGAAUCUUAUGCAAUUUUGGUUCUCAAGACUUCUUAUUUCCCAUUUUCAUUUUUCUUGAAUCUUAACAGAGUUACUUCCAGGUGCUAAAAUGAGUGAUGCUUCCAAGAAACUUGGAAAGUGUUAGGGUGCAAAGUCACUCUUGGAUGUAGUGUUUUAGGCUUACCCUCUUGUAUGUGUAAAUGGGUUGAGUCUUUCCUAUAAAUAGGAAGUGAGUGACUCCCAUUAUGUAAGGAACCAUUUGGAGUGUUAGACUAGAGAGAGAAACUUUGUACAAACCCAUUUGUAUAUUCUUUCUAGAUCUAAUAUGAGCUUACAAAGAUUUAUUUACUCCUUGUGUUCUUGAUUUUACAUGAUGAUUACUAGAUCUUUCUAAUUCCGCACAUGCCAUCAUAAUCAACACCACUACAGAAAGUAAUUUGCUACUGGAGGUUCAGUUAUGAAG